AUGACGCUUCAAUCUAUCACCAACAAGGACGUCGGCGCGUUGCCCGUGGCCAAGCCCGAUCUCAGUGCUCCCAUCCUCGAUCGCUUCUCCCUCAAGGGUAAGGUGGCCACCGUCACUGGCUCGUCCAAGGGGAUUGGCUACGCCGUCGCCGAAGCCUACGCCCAGGCUGGUGCUGAUGUCGCCAUCUGGUACAAUCUGACUCCUGCCGACGACAAGGCCCAGGCGCUCGCCAGCAAGUACGGCGUGAGACUGAAGGCGUACCACUGCAACAUCACCGACGACCAGCACGUCAAGCAAGUGACCGAGCAGAUUGCCAAGGACUUCGGCACCAUUGACAUCUUUGUCGCCAACGCCGGGAUCGCCUGGACCAAGGGGCCCUGCUGUGACUUGGCCGAAGGUGUUGCUGAGUGGAAGAAGGUGAUCGACGCCGACUUGAACGCCGUCUACUACUGCGCUCGUGCGGUGGCGCCGAUCUUCAAGCAACACAAGCAAGGACGCUUCAUCAUCACUGCGUCGAUGCUGGGACACAUUGUCAACGUGCCGCAAUUGCAGGCUCCCUACAACGCCGCCAAAGCUGCCACCCACAUGUUUGCGAAGUCGCUCGCGGUGGAAUGGGCGGGGUUCGCCCGGGUGAACUCGGUGAGUCCUGGGUACGUCGACACCGAGCUCUCCAAGUUCGUCGACCCGGAAACCCACAACUUGUGGUUGCAAUUGAUCCCGCUUGGGCGUGAGUGUGACGUGCGUGAAUUGGUCGGUGCCUACGUGUACUUGGCCCUGGAUGCGUCGUCGUACACCACUGGUGCCGACAUCCGCGUCGAUGGCGCCUACACCUGUCCUUAA